GUCUCCCUCUGCCAGAGCCCCAGCCCAGGGCAACAUCCUGUCACUGCCACAGCCUCCCCAACACACUCUGCCACUCCCAACACCUCCUCCCCUGCCAUGGGGACCCCCUCCAACCUGUCAGCCCCUUCCAAUGGGUCACUGGAGGUGGGUGAGGCCCCAGGGGACUCAGGAGUGGGAGCGGCCACACUGGGGGCAGCACUAAGCCUUCUGUGUGCUGUGGGGGUGGCAGGGAAUGUGUACACAUUGGCCGUGGCACGAGCAGCAGGAUCUUCACUGCACACCCAUAUCGUCAACCUGGCACUGGCUGACCUGCUGUACCUGGGCACUGCACCCUUCAUUGUGCACACUGGCCUGGCGAAGGACUGGCAGUUCGGGGAAGCUGGCUGCCGCCUACUGCUGGGCCUGGAUCUACUCACUAUGCACGCCAGCAGCUUCCUACUUGCCCUCCUCAGCACUGAGCGCUACCAGGCUGUGGCCCAGCCUUUCCGUGCAGCCCACCGCUCCCACCAGUGCCGCUACGCCUUGGCUGCUGCCUCUUGGGCUGCUGCCACAGUGCUGGCACUGCCCAUGAUGCUCAUGGUGCGCCUGGAGGAGAGGACAGGCACAAAUGGGCGGACACGGUACCUGUGCACACCAGCCUGGCAAGAGGAGCACUACCGUGCCUACCUGACCGUGCUCUUCGGCACCAGCAUGGUAGGCCCUGGCCUGGUCAUUGGCUGCCUCUACGGGCGCCUGGCACGCACAUACUGGCUCUCGCAGACUCGUGGUAUGCUGGCUGGAGCAGGUGCCCGCCGAGCCCCCGAGCCCCGUGUUUUCCUGCUCAUCCUGGCCAUUGUACUGGCCUUCUGGGCCUGCUUCCUGCCCUUCUGGCUUUGGCAGCUGGUGCCACUGUACAGCCCGGGCACAGCCACCCAACUGCUGCCCACCACUGAGAUCAGCAUCAACCACUUGGUCACCUGCCUCACCUACAGCAACAGCUGCAUCAACCCCUUCCUCUACACCCUGCUCACUCGCAGCUACCGCCAGCGCCGCCGGGCACAGGGCCUGAGGGGGCUACCACCACACCAGCCGGCCACCAGGGUCUGAGGGAGGAGCACACCCACUCACCAGCAGCAGGAGCAGCACCAUGGCCAUGGAUCCUUGCUACCCUUCCCAGCCAGAGCUGACCCAAUCCAGCAAGUCACUCUCUCCACCCACAGGAUGACGAGCCCUGAGCUAGAACUGGAAACACCACAAGCCUCACUAACAAGAAGCACAGCAUCAGGCUGCCUGGUUUCUAGCCCUGUCUGGGAGGGCAGUGGGGUCUGAUGGUUAGAGCAGCAGAGCCAGGACUCCACCCA